UCAAAAGGAUUAGCAGAUUGUGGAAAAAAGGAGAAUUUGGACAGAAGGAGCCUGUUGCAUAAAUUCUUAACUACUAAGCUUAUAGGAAAACUCCAAUAUUUAAAAUUUUAAACAAAGCUAUAUAGGUAAAUACCUUUUUAAAAACAAAUGUAAUUUUAUACUUAAAAUGCACAUAAUUUUUAAAAAACAUAAGGGUACUAUACUUCCUCUCUUUUUCUCUGUGGUAGCUACUAACUUUAAAGGAAUACUUUUUGUUGUAAUCUGUUUUAUUUGGGAUUGUGAUAAUGUGUGAUUGCUUGAUUAAAAGGAAAGAAUAAAAAUAAAUUUGAAAGGAACAGUUAUUUUUAUAUGACGUAGCAAUAUCCUUACGUAUUUGUUUUCUUUUCACUGGUAAAAAUUUCACGUAGUUUUAGUUUAAAAGUUAAGAUCUGGUGAUAACUUAAGGGUUAGGAUAGGAAAAUGAGGACAACAUACUGCAAAAUAAUUGCCACACUUAAUGCUUUUUCAUGUUAGAAAUAGUAAAAGUUACACUGUCUUCUAUGUUUUUACCUCUCAGAGUGUUUUGUUUUUUGUUUUUUAGAGACAAGGUCUCUCUCUGUUGCCCAGUCUAAGUGCAGUGGUAUAGUCAUAGCCCACUGCAGCCUCAAACUCCUGUGCUCAAGUGAUCCUGCCACCUCAGGCUCCAGAGUAGCUGAGACCACAGGCACAUGCCACCAUGCAGGGCAAAUUCUUUAUAAAGAUAGGGUCUUGCCGUGUUGCCCAGGCUGGUCCUGAACUCCUGGCCUAAAGUGAUCCUCCCAGUUUGGCCUCCCAAAAUGCUGGGAUGACAGGCGUUAGCCACUCUACUUGGCAUGCCUCAUUCUAGUGGUAGUUUCCAGUUUUUGUCAUUUAAAGAAGCUCAAUUUUCUUUUUAAUCAAAAGUAUUUUUGAAUUUUAAAAAUUAGGGUUUUUUUCUUUCUCUUGAAACAAUUUAUAAUCAUACUCAUUGAAAAUCAAGACAAGCUUAGUUAAUGUAUAUGUAAUGUUCAAUUUGGUCAGGUUAGCAAUAACCUGUUAGGUAUGCUUAUAAGACAGGUUUUUAAAGUGGUUUGUGACUCUGAGAGUAAUGCAUGAUGCCUUGGACUGGCAACAUUCAGAAGACAGGAUUAUAUUGGUUUAUUUACUUCAUGUUUAUAUCAGUUUAUGCUUUAGUUUUUUUUUUUAAUGAAAGGUAGAGAAUUUAUUGUCAACUGAAAAUUGUUCUGUUACUUUAUUUUUAGGGUUGAUCCAUGAAAAUACCAGAUCUAGAAAAACAUUCUUUUUUACCUGGAUUGUCUUAUUUUUUAUUUUCCUAAUACUCUUUAGCUUUAAACCAUUUUCUAUCAUAAGACUAAAUUAAGAAUAUAUCAUAAUAUCGUUUUUAGUUACCUCUUUUUGCCUUUUUCCUCUAUGAUCUCUAAUUUUUAAUUGGCUUGCACCUCCAUACUUUAUGAAUGGAAUCAAGUGCGAUACUUACAAAAUAACUCUGAUUAAUGCAUUGAUUUUAAAUGAGCCAUUUUAAUAUUAAAUUUAUUGGCAGUUGUCCUUGUUAACAGUGUUUUUCACCUGUGUUAUAAAGUAUAAAAAUGAAUCAAUUCAUAAAUAUGUUGUAAAAACUGUAUAAAACAUUGCAAUAUAGUUACAUUAAUUUUUUAAUAGAUAAUGUUAAAACUCAGUGCCUCUUUAUCAAAUUUUCAUUCAUACAGUAUUCUUCAAAGGAAUGUAAGUUCUGUAACUUGACGGGCAUAUUUACAGAAAAAUUUGUAUAAUUUACUUUUUUUUUUUUUUGAGACGGAGUUUCACUCAUCGCCCAGGCUGGAGUGCAGUUUGCCUCCCAAGUUCACGCCAUUUUCCUGCCUCAGCCUCCCGAGUAGCUGGGACUACAGGCGCCCGCCACUGUGCCUGGCUAAUUUUUUUUUUUUUUUUUUUUUUUUUGUAUUUUUAGUAGAGACAGGGUUUCACCGUGUUAGCCAGGAUGGUCUCGAUCUCCUGACCUCAUGAUCUACCUGCCUUGGCCUCCCAAAGUGCUGGGAUUACAGACGUGAGCCACUGCGCCUGGCCUAAAUUUGUAUAAUUUUCUAGUAUCAGGAUCUGAUUACCCUUUUCAAACAACCCAUAUGGGUUUGUUUUUUAAAAAUCAUUUGGUGAGUGGAUUAGAAAUUUUGAUAAGUAGAUUUCUUCCAAUGUGGUUUAUUUUAAAAAUGUUUCUACUGUAUUUACUACAAAUGAUUAUAACUUUUUAAAAAAUAAUACAGUAUCUAAUAAUGCUUGUACAGUGAUCUUCAAACUGGGAUAAGUAUAUCUUUGGAUUCCAUACUUGGAAUUCUUUACAAGGAAUAAAGGGGCAUUGAUAGUUUUAAGAUAAGUCAGUUUCAAAGUCUGUUUCUAUAUGUGCCUUUUAAAAAAUUAAUCUGCCUUUAGUCCAGGUGUCCUACUAUUUUCCAAAAGAAAGACAUAGUUCUCAUGUCUUUCAAAUUUUAAUACAGUGCACUGCUUCAGGUUGUAAAAACCUCAGCCCACCAGCAAAAGAGGACAUUUUGAAAUAUUAGAGUCAGUGUUAUUAAGGGUGUGAACCAUUGUAAUGACUGGUAAUAAGUCCUGUUAUAUACUAGGUUGUUUCCAGUUCUUUGGUUUCAACAAAAUGGAAAGAGAAUCUUAAGUUGUCAGUCAAUAGGAGUAUUAGCAUAAUUUUUGAGGAUAGAGUACUGUAUGACUUUUGGCAUGUAAUGAGCUGGAGGCAUGUAAAGAACUGAGUAACAUUGCUAUAAUAAAACUUAAAAUUUCAGUCUACUUAUCCAUUAUAAGCAAAGUUUCUCAAUUCACACCUCUGUAAAAAUUAAAAAUAGGAAGAGAAUUAGUCCUGAGUUCAUUCUAGCAAUAGAAGAUAUCCACUGAUAUAUGAACUAAAAAUCAAUUACUGUUUCAAAUUGGAAAGAAAAAUACUCAAAAGGAAAAUCUUACAAAUUAGUAUGGGAAAUUAUUAGCAAAUAAAUAUUUUUCCUUUAAUUUUUUAUUGUGAAAAAAUUCAAACAUAUAUAAAAUAGACAAGUAUGACCAGCUCUCAUAUAUGCAUGCCUAGCUUUUAUUUUUGUUAACAUCUGUUUCUCCACCCAGCUCACCCCACUACUCCAUAAUGAUGAAGAUAAUGGAUUUUUAUUAUUUUUAGUUUUGAUUUUGCAUUGGAGGUGGUUUACUCUCUUUUGUAUAUGUAGGCAUGUGCUUUUCCUAAGAGCUUUGCAAAUAAACUUUUUACUGUAACUUUUUCAGAAUUAAUAUGACAUGUUAAUGAUUAUUAGAUCUCAUCUAUCCUUGGGGUACAUGAAGUCUUUCCAAGAGAUACACAAGCAGAUAAUAGUUUAUUGACUUAAGUUAAAUGCCAUUUCCAGGGUAAAUAAUAUGAACAAACAAUAAUCAAAUGCCUUUACAUUUAAAUGGGGAAGUUUUGGGGAGAAACAUUCUUUAGUCAAUGCAACUAUUCAAUACAGGCAUACCUCAGAGAUAUUGCAGAUCACCUAACUUAAGUGAAGAUUGCAAAAAAGCAAGUCAUACCAAUUUUUUCAUUAAGCAAUGCAUACAAAAGUUGUGUUUAUACUAUAGUAAGUGUGCAGUAGUAUUGCAUCUAAAAAAAAAAACAGUGUGAAUACCUUAAGUAAAAAAUAUUUUAUAGGGAAGAAAUGCUAAGGAUCAUCUGAGCCUUCAGUGAGUUCUAAUCUUUUUGCUGGCGGAAGGUCUUGUCUUGAUGUUGAUGACUACUGAUGGAUAACGGUGGUGGUUGCUGAAGAUUGGGGUGGCUGUGGCAAUUUCUUAAAAUAAGACAACAAUGAAAUUGCCACAUCAAUUGACUCUUACUUUUAUGAAAGAUUUCUCUGUAGCAUGCAAUGCUGUUUGACAGCAUUUUACUCAGAGUACAACUUCUUUAAAAAUUGGAGUCAGUCCUCCAAAACCCUGCAACUGCUUUAUGAACUAAGUUUAUGGAAUGUUCUAAAUCCUUUGUUGUAUUUCAAUGAUAUUCAGAGCAUCUUUACCAGAAGUAGUUUUCAUCUGAAGAAACCACUUUUAGUUCACUCAUGAGAAGCAACUCCUCAUCCGUUCAAGUUUUAUCAUGAGAUUGCAGCAAUUCAGUCAUAUCUUCAGGCUCUACUUUUUUUUUUUUUUUUUUUUUGAGAUGGAGUCUUGCUCUGUCACCCAGGCUGGAGUGCAGUGGCACAAUCUCGGCUCACUGCAAGCUCCGCCUCCCAGGUUCACGCCAUUCUCCUGCCUCAGCCUCUCCGAGUAGCUGGGACUACAGGCGCCCGCCACCACGCCUGGCUAAUUUUUUCUAUUUUUUAGUAGAGACGGGGUUUCACCAUGGUCUCGAACUCCUGACCUCGUGAUCCACCCGCCUCGGCCUCCCAAAGUGCUGGGAUUACAAGCGUGAGCCACCGCGCCCGGUCAGACUCUACUUUUAAUUCUAGUUCUCUUGAUAUUUCCAUCACAUGUGUAGUUAGUUACUUCCUCCACUUGGACCACUCAGUCAUCCAUGAGGAUUAGAAUCAACUUCAUUUGAACUCCUGUUAAUGUUGAUAUUUCGACCACCUAUGAUCAUGAAAGUUCUUAAUGACAUUCAGAAUGGUGAACCUUUUCCAGAAGAUUUUCAGUUUACAUUGCCCAGAUCCAUUAGACAAAUCACUAUUAUUGCAGCUAUUGCCUUAUGAACUGUGUUUCUUAAAUAGUAAGACUUGAAAGUUGAAAUUACUCCUUGAUCCAUGGGCUGCAGAAUGGAUGUUGUGUUAGCAGGCAUGAAAACAACAUUUUGCUCCUUGUACGUCUCCAUCAGAACUCUUGGGUGACCAGGUGUGUUGUUAGUGAACAGUAGUAUUUUGAAAGAAAUACAUUUUUUUCUGGCUGGUCAUGGUGGCUCACACCUGUAAUCUCAGCACUUUGGGAGGUUGAGGUAAGAGGAUCGCUUGAGCCCAGGAGUUCAAACCAGUCUGCUCAAUAUAGUGAGACUCCCAUCUCUAUUAAAAAACAAAAUCUUUUUUUGAGCCAUAAGUUUCAACAGUGGGCUUAAAAUAUUCAGUAAACAAGGUUGUAAACCGAUGUGGUCUUAUCUAGGCUUGUUAUAAGCCCAGGCAGGGUAGAUUUAGCAUAAUUCUUAAGGACUCUAGGAUUUUUGGAAUGAUGAAUGAGCAUUGGCUUCAACUUAAGGUUACAAGCUGCCUUAGCCCCUAACAAGUCAGCUGUCCUCUGAAACCAGACAUUAACUUCUCUUUGGUUAUGAAAGUCGUAGAUGUCAUCUUUCAAUAAAAGGCUGUUUCAUCUACAUUUAAAAUCUGUUAGUGUAGUCACCUUCAUCACUGAAGUUAGGUAGAUCUUCUGGAUAACUUGCUGCACCUUCUGCAUCAGCCCAUGCCAUUGUUUCACCUUGUACUUUUAUGUUAUGGAGACGGCUUCUUUCCUUAAACCUCAUGAAUCAACCUCUGCUAGCUGCAACCCUUUUCCGCAGCUUCCUCACCUCCCUCGGCUUUUAUAGAAUUGAAGAGAGUUAGGGCUUUGUUCUGAAUUAGGCCUUGGCCUAAGGGAAGUUGUAGCUAGUUUGAUUUUUUUUUUUUUAUCUAGACCACACAAACUUUCUCCGUGUUACCGGUUAUGCUGUUUUGCUUUCCAUCAUUUGUGUGUUCACUGAAGUUCCAUUUUUAAUUUCCUUCAAGAACUUCAAGAAAUGCAAAGGAAACUUUGCAUUUACACCUUGGCUAACUUUGGUGCAAGAGGCUCAACUUUUGGUCUGUUUUGGCUUUCAACAUGCCUUUCUUACUAAGCUUAAUAAUCAUUCUAGCUUCUUAAAAGUGAGAGAUGUACAACUCUUCCUUUCACUUGAACAUUUAGAGGCCAUGGUAGGGUUAUUAAUUGGCCUGUUUUCAAUAUUGUUGUGUCUCAGGGAAUAGGGGGGCCCAAGGAGAGGGAGAGAGUUGGGAAUGGACAAUCAGUGAAGCAGUCAGAACAUAUACAACAUUUAUAGGUUAAGUUUGCCAUCUCACAUGGACAUGGCUUGUGGCACCCCAAAACAAGUGUAAUAGUAAGAGCAAAAAUGACUGAUCACAGAUCCCCAUAAGACAUCUAAUAAUAAUUAUAAAAAUGUGACACAGAGACACAAAAUGAGCACAUACUGUUGGAAAAAUGUUGCCAGUAGACUUACUUGAUGCAGGGUUAUCACAAACCUUCAAUUUCUUAAAAAAUGCACUAUCUGUGAAACACAGUGAAGUGAAGCUCAAUAAAAUGAGGUAUGCCUGUAUUUUGUUCUGCUCUAUUUAUAUAAUCUGUCUAGAGAAUGUUAAGUACCCAAAAUGUUAUACUGUAUAAUGCUAGACAUUGGUAAAUACCAGUUGUUUCUUAAAAACAACAUAAGAGCAAAACUUAAUUGUGCUUUAAUUUAGUAAGUCACAAAAUAGACUAAUUAUAUGACCAUAGUCUAGAGUUGAAUGGUUUUUAUUUUUGUGUAUUAAACAUCACAGUCCAGUGAAGAAAACUUGUAAGAGUUUUAUAGGAUACAGUUUAGGUCAUGGAAUGAAAGUUCAACAUAACUUGUUUAUUUUACGUUGAUUGUUUAACCAGUAAUUAUCCAUAUGACAUCCCAAUGCAAAUGCUGACAUCCAUUUCCAAAAGAGUUGUUUUUUUUUUGUGCUUUUUCUAAGGUUACAAAGGUUUUUGUGGUUUAAAUGUUGUUACAUAUUUUACAGCAUUAGGAUCUAUGGAAUAUUUUGACAACUGCAACAGUUCAAUGAAGUUGGUAAUUUCUUCUUUUAAUUAUUUUUCAUUGAACAGCUUUGGAGUUACAUUUCUACAUUUUGAUUUCUGGUAUAUUAUAAGGAAAGAAAAAGUUAUGUCAAAGGAUACUUUAGAGAAAAUACAUAGAUAGUGAUUACAAUAUGGCUGUAACUAAAUUAUCCUUAAUCUUGUUGAAGUUUUGUUAAUGCCUAAUUUUGAUGAAAUAGUAUGGUGUUCCUUCCAGCUACUGAUUGUAUAUAUGUGAUUGCACAUCUUUCUUAAAUAAGUGGAUUUGUAGGUUUUCACAUAUUGUCAGCCACACUCUAAUCCUCUUGUAAAGAAUGAACCUGGCUUUAUUCAAUUAAAUAAUUCUCUGGUACAGGUUUUCCUCCCACAAUAUUUUAAAGUACAAUGUUUUGGGUUUUUUGAGGGUAAAGUAAAAGAAAAUAUGUUUUAAAAACUUUAGUUGUCGAAUUAUUUUAAGCCUAUUUUAGAAAUUAGAGAUGUAUUGUUUCUUUUGGGUGCAUAUCACCAAUUAAUACGUUUGAUUUCAGAUCUACAACUUACUGCUUUGUAAACUUCGCCGAGCAAGGAGUAAAUAAUGCUGAAAAAUUUGACUAUGUCAUGCAGUUUUUAAAUAAGAUGGCUGGUAAUGAAUAUGUUGGAUUCAGUAAUGCAACGUUUCAGUCUGAAAGAGAAAGUGGAGAUCGAAAUUUUGCAAUAGGAUAUUACUUAAAAGAAAAGAAGUGUUUUCCAGAAGGCACAGACAUGGUUGGUAUAUUAGACUUCUACUUCCAGCUGUGCUCCAUUGAAGUGACUUGUGAAUCAGCCAGUGUGCUGGCUGCAACACUGGCUAAUGGUGGUUUCUGCCCAAUUACUGGUGAAAGAGUACUGAGCCCUGAAGCAGUUCGAAAUACAUUGAGUUUGAUGCAUUCCUGUGGCAUGUAUGACUUCUCAGGGCAGUUUGCUUUCCAUGUUGGUCUUCCUGCAAAAUCUGGAGUUGCUGGGGGCAUUCUUCUAGUUGUCCCCAAUGUUAUGGGUAUGAUGUGCUGGUCUCCGCCUCUGGAUAAGAUGGGCAACAGUGUUAAGGGAAUUCACUUUUGUCACGAUCUUGUUUCUCUGUGUAAUUUCCAUAACUAUGAUAAUUUGAGACACUUUGCAAAAAAACUUGAUCCUCGAAGAGAAGGUGGUGAUCAAAGGGUAAAGUCAGUGAUAAAUCUUUUGUUUGCUGCAUAUACUGGAGAUGUGUCUGCACUUCGAAGAUUUGCUUUGUCAGCCAUGGACAUGGAACAGCGGGACUAUGAUUCUAGAACAGCACUCCAUGUAGCUGCUGCAGAGGGUCAUGUUGAAGUUGUUAAAUUUUUGCUGGAAGCCUGCAAAGUAAACCCUUUCCCCAAGGACAGGUGGAAUAACACUCCCAUGGAUGAAGCACUGCACUUUGGACACCAUGAUGUAUUUAAAAUUCUCCAAGAAUACCAAGUCCAGUACACACCUCAAGGAGAUUCUGACAAUGGGAAGGAAAAUCAAACCGUCCAUAAGAAUCUUGAUGGAUUGUUGUAAUGGUCUCAAAUCCCAAGAUUUAAAUCACUUACCUAUUUAAUUGUGGAAAAUUAUUAUGAAGAACGUGUAUAUUUCUAUCUGGUAGUGAUGUAUAUUUUACAUUUGUCAUUUCAGUGUUACUGGAGUUUUCUUCAUUGUGCACACAGGACAAAUCUGAUCUCUUUGGGAAAAAAUAGAAAUAAAACAAUCUCCCUCCAUAAUGUGAGCAAUAUUACCACGUGCAUUGUAUAAUUUGAUGUAAAAGAAAUAGUUACCAAUGCUAGCUUAAUUGUGUGGUCUUCCAUGAUUUGUGUUUUAUGAAUUUUCAAUUUAUGGUGAUGAUCUGCUGAUAUGCAUUUAUAAAUUAAGCUGUGUUGUACAGUCUGUCCAAAUGGGUCAAGGUUGCCUUUAGAAGCAAAUAGUGUGAUUUUCAAGACUUCAAAUACAAAUUUAGUUUGAGUGUUUGAACAACUGUAUGCACUUAUGGUUGUGUUUAAAGUGUCUCUCUCUCACCCUAGCUUCACGAUGUGACUCUUAAAAAAACUAUAAUAGUUAACAACUGUUAGUAAGAUAGACCAAUUCUGAUUAGACUUUAUCAGGGAAUCUGUUUAAGAUAUGUUUGGUGACCAAAACAUAUGUGUGAAUGUAGUUAUAAUACUUUUGAAAAAUUUUCCUUUUUCUAUAUCCCCUUAGUCCAGCCUCUCUUCUCAGACAUUUAGCUAUCUGCCUCUUUCCUUUAGCUGGGAAAGUGAGAGCUGGCAUACUAUGCAGUUUUUAUGUUUUCCAUAGUAAGUCAGAAAAUGCCUCCUAUUUCUGGCAUCAGAACUUUGCCAUUUGUCUACAGAAGAUGAACCAGAGACAAAAUUACUAAGUAUAAAUUAGUCAAGUUUAUCAGUCUAAAAAACGAAGGGAUGUGCAACUGCAGCUCUUUAAGAGCUUUUUCUUUAGCUUCUAGGGUAAAGAUAAAUUCAGAAAUGCUCUAAGCUACCAAAGUUAUUCUGAAAGUAUGGGAACUGCUACAUCUAACAUUUGUUUCCAAGCCUGUCAUUAAGAGUCUGCAUCAAGAGAUUUGUCCUCCUUGGGGGACCACUGGAUCAUUCCAGAUUUCUUGUGAUUUUCUAUUGUGUAAUUCUUGGUGGGCUCUGUAGUUUAAUAAUAAGAAAAAGGCCAUUUCAUUUUAAAUUGUGACCUAUAAUUUCUUUGUCUUAGGUUGGUAAUUCACGAUUCAUUUGGAAAGUGGGUAAAAGGGGCUUCAAAAAACUGAUAGAACAGGAUUUUCUAGGAGUUACACAUACAUUUUAUCCUGUCAUACCUCGAGAUAAAGUGGCAUGUUAGGAUUUCUGAUAUUAAGCACACACACACAUGCACACAAAUGGACUUCUCUGAAGCUGUGUUUAGUGAAAUGAGCUCAAGUACAUGAAUGUUAGUUGUUAUCACAUACAGCAAAUUCCUUUUUUUCUUUUUCUAUGAGCACACACUGCUGCUUCUAAACUUUACCAUGCCUGAUGGCACCUUACUCCAGCAGCCUCCAGGUGCUUUCAUUUUCACUUCCAGUCUAAGCCAGUGGCUCCAGCCACUGCCCUCCCAUUACUUAGAUGGCACCUCCUUUGGUGAAACCACGGCCAAUGUUCCUUAGCUGCACCAGGCCCGAAGCUGUUCCCAUGCUUGAGCUUCCAUGGGGAGGAUGAUGAGUGAGCAGUUCCUACCCCAUGGAUCUAUCAAGCCAUGGAGACAGGUAGCAUUUGUAAGAUGCUGCACAGGAGCAGCAUUAUCCCCAAAGAUAUUACAGGGUAGACAUGUUUUAAUUGAAAUCAAUCAAGAUAACUUUGCUCAAAGAGCAGCCCACUUUGUGUGACUAAAAUGAAACAUUAAGACAGUUGAAUUGUGUGACUUGACUUGAAGAUUACCAAUGAUUUUGAGGCUUUUCUAUAAUAAAAAGAGGUUCUAACCAUUAUUUGGGAACAAAGAGAGUUUUCAUCUUUUUUCAGAUCAAAACCAUUCUGUAAAAUCUUUGUUGUUUAAUUAAAUGUGCCCUUAUUUACCCCUGAUGUUAUUUAUGACUAUGUGCCGAUUCCUGCUCGGGCUGUUUGCUGUUGGCUGGUAAUAAUAUAUUUGAUUUAAAUACUGUUGACUGUGCUAUUAACUGCUGCCGUCAGUAAACUCCAAAGAUCUUUUUGUUUUGGCUUUAGUAUCAUAUGUGCUUUUUCUGUAUCAUGAGAGCUCUAUAUGGUCAUGUUAUAUACAUUGUUGUUUUUGCUGGUCUCAUCUUUGGUAAUAUGCUAUACCCCACUGCUGCCUGACACUGCCCUUUAGCUGCAGAGCUGGAUUAGCUAUUGACCAUUUGGAUGCUGUUGUCUGUCUGGCAGGGACUGAAUGACCUGAUGUCAGAUUUAGAUUCUUCCUGGGGAUUACACAGCUAUGAAUGUAUUUGCUUCUAAAACCUCCCGAAGUGAAUCUAAUCUUAAAACUACAAGUUGUAAGUAUUCUGAAAUUGGGAAACAUUUAUUUUAAAUGCAAUCAGAUAGUGUUGCUUUUUACAGCAUAAUAAAUAUAUGUAUCAAAAAAAAA